AUGCCUCUAAUUGAUCGUGAUUGUUGUGCGGCCUAUAAAGUAUUAGUGCUCGGAGAAGCAUCAGUUGGUAAAAGUGCUCUAGUUAAUUGUUUGAUGGGUCGAGAAUUUCGAGAGAGUAUGGUACCUACAAUAGGAGUAGACUUUGUAAAAAAGAUAUUCGAGGUUGAUGGGGCAUUAAUUCAACUGGUUAUAUGGGACACAGCUGGUCAGCAGCGAUUUCGAUCUAUAACCAGAUUACAGUAUCGGGGCGUUCAGGGAAUUGUUUUAGUGUAUGAUGUUACAAAUUUAUCAUCAUUUGCUCAUUUAGCUUAUUGGAUAACCAGUGUCCACAGGGAGAUGAAACAUGCUCACAAUCAAUAUGAACCAAUACCUAUUGUACUGUGUGGCAAUAAAGCCGAUUUAGAUCAUAAGAGACAAGUCAAAAAAGUUAAGGCAUUUGAGCUAGCACAAAAAGAAAUGGCUUUUGAGUUCUUUGAAACAAGCGCCAAAACCGGAAGUAAUGUGUUUACUGCUUUCCAGAGAUUGGCUUUUCACAUAACAGAUAUAUGUAAUCCAAAACUUAUGGUGUCAUAUCAUCCAUAUCUCAUUAGAAGAAUAGAAGAUAGUGAUUCGGAACUUUUAAAAAUAAAAGCAAACAUAGAUCAGAAAAAGAAAGAUAAAAAGUCAAAAAAGAAGCCAAAGAGCAGUUCUAAGAAGCAGUUGGUUCCAUUAGCGAAAACAAAUAGAGUGCAAUGUUCACCAUUUAAUGGAUUGUGUUGUUUACUACCUCAGAAACAGGAGUUGACUUGAACAGUGAAGCCUACCUGACUGAAAUAUAUGUUUCUGUUAUUAUCAAUAAUGGUUGAAAGUAUCAAAAUAUAAAAUCUGUGAUAUUAAUGAUACCAAAUAAAGAAUAUUAAUGGUGUUAUUAAGUACUGAAGUGAAUGAUAAACAAUGUAUCAGAGGCCUUCCUAUAUUCAUGUCAUAAUAAAACAAUCUGAC